AUGUCCAUUGUGCAGAUGCUUUGGCCUGCUACGUUUUUCUUUUUCACAAGCGCGCAGGAUGCAGUCGAAGCAGCUGUGGUCGAAGGCGUCGAACAACCUGCAAGCGCUCCUCCCGGGAUGCACUCUUUAAGUGUUGCCUCGUCUCUGCCACCACUGACCUUGGUCGGCAAGCACUUUGAUCGUGUGGUCAGGGCUGCAGAUCCGACUAGCGAGGAGUGGGAUGCGGUUGCCUUGUUGGCACUGCCUCGCUUUGACGAGUGGCAACGCGCUGAGCUUGAGAGUCAAUUUGACAGGCAGGAGAGCAUCUUUCCUUCAGUUGCUUCCGUAUGGGGUGUGGCUGCGCGAAGGACCAUCAACGUGGGCGCUCGCUUCUUCGGCGGCCGCCCUUCCUUGGCAGAGCUGCGAAAGCUCAACGUCCCAGGCCUCGACGAGCAGGCCGGCGGACAGAAGAAGGCGUUUGGAGGUGAUGCAUCAUCAGGCAGAGGCCUUCGGUCUGGAGCAAGUUGCCUCGAUGUGUUGGAGAAGCGAUCUGUGCUCGUCGCCGUGAGAUCACGGCCCUUCAAUGAGCGAGAGAAAGCAGCUUUGUCGGGCGACUGUCUAUCCUUUCAGGAGGAAACUGGCAUGACACUCCAUCGGGAGGAUGACAAAGACUAUCGCUUCGCCUUUGACUGUGUGAUGCGCCCGGAAACAGAGCAACGUGAGGUGUAUGACAGAACGGCGAGACCACUGUUGCACAAAGUGUUGGAAGGCUACAACGGGUGCCUGUUCGCAUAUGGGCAGACGGGAUCUGGCAAGACCUUCACGAUGCAGGGGUCUUCCGACCAGAAAGGCAUCAUUCCAACUCUGUGCACGGAGCUCUUCGGCGAGAUCAAGGAGUGUGCCGAGAAGCGCAACAUCACCGUUGUCUGUAGUGUGCUUGAGAUUUACAACGAGAAGGUGAGGGACCUGUCGGUCGACUCCAGUGAUGACCUGUCUAUCCGAGAGGACAGUGCAGAAGGUGGGAAAGGAAUUCACGUCGAGGGCUUGACAGAGGUGCAGGUCCGAAGCUGUGAAGAAGUCUUGGACUGCAUCGCGAAGGCUCAGCAGAGGAGGGCCGUGGGCAAGACCAACAUGAAUGAGCACAGCUCCAGAUCUCAUUCAGUCGUGACCCUGCGGAUUGGCGCCUACGACUGUGACGACGUGGAUGGUGCAACGCUGACUGUUUCGAAGCUGCAUUUGAUUGACCUCGCCGGCAGUGAGCGGCAAAAAGCCACAGGUGCCACUGGAGACCGUCUGAAGGAAGGUGCUCAGAUCAAUUUAUCCCUUUCUGCACUCGGCAACGUCAUCAACGCCUUGACCGAGCGAACUUCUGGAGGCCGUCACAUUCCCUACAGGGACUCCAAGCUGACACGCAUGUUGCAAGACUCGCUCGGUGGCAAUUCGUACACCGUGAUGAUUUGCAAUGUAUCUCCUGCGAAAAUCAAUGUGGAUGAGACUUUGUCGAGCUUGCGCUUUGCCGAGCGUGCCAAGAAGAUCGAGAACAAGGCAGUGGUGAAUCGCGACCCAAAGGGUGAGCGAAUCCUGGAGCUGCUGCAGGAGAACAAGGCAAAGCUCGGGAGACAGAGCGGAAUCCUGAACGCGAAGCUGAACGGUCACGACGCUGCCUUCUUGCCCCGUGUCCGCUUUGCCGAGGUGGACUGUGCGGAGGACAAGGUGCUCUGCAACCGGGAGCAGGUGGAGACCUACCCAACAAUCCUGCGCUUGGUGCGUGGACAGCGGGCACAGGCCUGGGAGAGCAACCUGGGUCGCUCGCAGCAGGUCCUGCAGAAGGAGCUGGCAGUAUGGAUGCGAACACAUCCAGGAAGUGCGGAGCCUCGGCUCCGGUCGCAGGCUCAAGAGCACCCCGAGGAAACGAGCGUGGAUCCUGUAAGAGCCGCGGUCGACUCAGCUGUCACCGUCGUGCUUUUGGUUGCCUUCGUGAGGAUGUGUCUCGACAUCACCCGGUCAGCCCGGCGAGCCUUGCAAGCUCCGACCGAGAACGAGAACGCCAAGGCAAAGAGCCCCCACGCAACCGGUGCCUACCAGGGUUCGGCCGCCUCCACGCCGUACUGCCGAAUGGCCCGCCGCCUGCCAAGUGAUUGGGCGCAGCAGCGGGAUGAGAUUGUGCUUUGA